CUACGAGAGAUAACGUGUCUUAAUUUCGCCUUCUGUUGGUUGCCUUUUUGGGACAGAAACCAUUCAAUUCCUUUCACAACAUCUUACCAAUGGGGAGUGCAACAAUGGCUCCAGCACGCCAUUCACGUUCCUUCACCCUGUCGCAGCCUCCACUCACCAAGCGCCAAAACAAACCCCGGAUCAAACGGUCAAAGACUUACACCGGCUGCUGGACAUGCCGGGCACGCGGCAUAAAGUGUGAUGAACAAAAGCCCGAGUGUGGAAGAUGCCUACGGUCGAAUCUCCGCUGCGCAGGGUAUCACGUGAAAUUGGUCUGGGAUGUUCAGGAUGGCGAGGCCGAAAAGCCUGCCAAACGCCGGGCUUUCCUGACGGCCCACGAUGCUAGACAACCUGUGCUCAGCGCCAGCGAGAUACGCCUCGCACUCGCAGAAGCAGAUGUGGCAGAUGCUCGCAAUCCAGUGCAGUCUGGGCCAUUCACGGUUUUCUCAGCUUCAGUUAACCCAGAAACACCAAGAGCCAGCUCUGAGACGCCCGAGGAAGAUGACCACAACCAAGACAAUGGCGCAUGCGUAGAAACAUCUACCGUAUGGUGUCAUGACUUGGGAGAGAUUGACAUCCAAGCACAGGACAGGAGUGGCAGGGAUGUUGACCAUGCGGUUAUGAAAUGGAUGCAUGGUAUUGAUCAUGAACACCACCACGACACCAAAGGAGUCAUGACAAUGGUUUCCAUCAAACAAAAAGUGUUUCCUCAUAUUCCAGCGUAUAUAUCAAGCGCCAGCAAAGAGGAGCGGUCCCUCUUCCACGACUGGGUUACCGUUUUGAGUGGACUUAUGAUGCCGACUCAAUAUCUGGAUAAUCCCUUCCGCACGAUUUUUAUUCCUCUAGCUUUGGCCGCACCGUCAUCUUCCUCUGAAUCAUCGGGAAAUGGAGCAUUGCUCCAUUCUAUAUAUGCUAUUUCGGCCUUCAAUCAAGCUCAAUUGUCGUCCUCGAACGAGUAUUUAUUUUCCCUUGGAACGAAGCAUCACAGGAUAGCCCUUGAACAUCUACGCAGAAGCCUGAUGCAGCCAGAGGAAAGCCAGACAGAGGCCAUCCUAGCUACCAUCAUCAACAUGUCAUCUAUUGACGUUAUCAAGGGACAAUCAGCGAGUUGGCGUAUACAUCACGCAGGUGGCUGGACUUGGCUCCAGCAUAUUAUGGAAAACGGCGCCACUCAGAGCGCCAACGCCUCCGUACUCUGUCAAAUAUUUUUCUGCAUUAGCACCCUUGGCCAGAGUCACCCAGAGGUCAUGAGCCGACUCGAACGCCGUCAAGGUAUCCAACCUAAGUUCGCUUACUCAAUGCAGGUAUGGGACAAGCCAUAUGCCUUGGAUAGGCUUUUUGGAAUCACUCAGCCAGUUCUCGAGGGGAUCAUGAGGACCAACACGCUGUCAGAGCCAGUUUGCCACGCAACACAAGAGGAGAUAGAAGACCUUGACCUUUUUAUCCGCCGCAACGAUCCCGACGUUCUGAUCUCGGAUAUGGAGGAGGAAUACGACGACAUCACCCGCCACCACACCUGCACUUUCUUCUGCGCUUCCCUUAUAUAUUUCGAAAGGCGCUUACGCAAGACGUCGCCGCGAAAGAUCCAGCGCCUGGUGCAACGGAGUCUGGACCACUUGUGUGCCAUUGAUGCCCUCGAGGUGGAGCAGAAGUUGGUUGUAUGUGGACUUUUCUGGCCUGUCUUUGUUACGGCCUGCGAGGCUGAAAAUUUUAAUAACUUGCGAGCUCGGGCGCUUCAAAUGUUUGACAAGGGGACGCUGCUUGGUAUUGGUAACAUAUUGUCUGCUAGAAAGGUUGUUGAGGAGGUUUGGCGACGGAGGGAUAAUGACUGUGAAGGGGUGGACACUACGUGGCAGAGUGUCAUGGCCGAUUUGGAGCUGGACCUUAUUCUUACAUGA